CGCUACUGAGCCCCGGGACCGCGGCGGGAGCGGAGCGCGUAGCCUCGGGGAGCGCAGGUGCUGCAGCCAUGGCGGUGGAAGGAGGAAUGAGAUGUGUCAAGUUCUUGCUCUACGUCCUGCUGCUGGCCUUUUGCGCCUGUGCGAUAGGACUGAUUGCCGUGGGUGUUGGGGCCCAGCUUGUCCUGAGUCAGACCAUAACCCAUGGAGCCACUCCCGGCUCCCUGCUGCCAGUGGUCAUCAUCGCAGUGGGCGCCUUCCUCUUCCUGGUGGCCUUUGUGGGCUGCUGCGGGACGUGCAAGGAGAACUACUGUCUCAUGGUCACGUUUGCUGUCUUCCUGUCUCUCAUUAUGCUGGUGGAAGUGGCUGCGGCCAUCGCUGGCUAUGUGUUUAGAGACAAGGUGAUGUCUGAGGUGAACAAGGACUUCCAGCAGCAGAUGCAGAGCUACCUGACAGACAACCACACUGCUUUCGCCUUGGACAGGUUGCAGGAAGAUAACAAGUGCUGUGGGGCUGCCAACUACACGGAUUGGGCGGCCAUCCCUGGCCUGGGCAAGGACCGGGUUCCUGACUCCUGCUGUGUCAAUGUGACCGCGCACUGUGGGGUGAAAUUCAAUGUGACGGACAUUUAUGUUGAGGGCUGUGUGGAGAAGAUCGGGCUGUGGCUGAGGAAGAAUGUGCUGGUGGUGGCUGCAGCAGCACUGGGCAUUGCCUUUGUGGAGAUCCUGGGCAUUGUCCUGGCCUGCUGCCUCGUCAAGAGCAUCCGAAGUGGCUAUGAGGUGAUGUAGGGCUCUCUCCAGCCCCCUCCAUCCAGGGAAGCCGAGGUUUUUCAAUUAAACGGAUUAUUUUU